AGUGUUCGACGUCAAACGGAUGCUAUUUGGGUAAAUAUCUCUUUUUCUGGAUGAAACAAGUCUCUCAAGAAUAAAACACGUCGCGUGGCCGUGGAGAACAUACUAGUGUAACCGUGGCAGACUUGAGGAAAUAACUGCGUAUUUUCUCUGUUGUUGUCGUUGCUGCUGCUGCGAAAUUGUGGUCUGGAGCUAACGUGGGCGCUAUUUUGAACUCCAGGAGACAUCUGCCAAUAAGAGUAGCUAUCAUGCCAAAUGAAACUGACCACGUCGAGGGUGGAGGAGGCAAGGAGUCUGAGGAGAGUACCCAGGACACUCCAAAGCAGACUGUGAGGAAGAGGGUCCGAACAAACACCCCUAGUCCACACCGAGGCUCAAACACUCCACAAGCCAGUCCCCCCAGAUUUGUGUCAGUAGAGGAGUUAAUGGAGACAGCAAAGGGAGUCAACAACAUGGCUUUGGCCCAUGAAAUAGUGGUUAACCAGACUUUUCAAGUUAAACCCUCUGAGUUUCCUGAAGGAAGUUUGGAGCGCAGAGUGAAGGAGAUGAUGCAAAAAGCAUUCUGGGAUUGUCUGGAAGCUCAGUUGAAGGAGGAUCCACCGCAGUACAUGCAGGCCAUCAAACUGUUGGCUGAAAUGAAAGAGACGUUGCUGUCUUUCUUACUGCCGGGCCAUGGUCACCUGCGGUCCCGUAUUCAGGAGGUCCUCGAUUUGGCUUUAAUUCAGCAGCAGGCAGAAAAAGGAGCACCUGACAUUGGCAGUCUGUCUCAGUUCAUUAUUGAGAUGAUGGGCUCUCUCUGUGCCCCUUGCAGGGAUGAAGAAAUCAGUAAACUUAAGGAGAUCACCGAUUUUGUGCCUCUGCUCAAGGCUAUUUUCUCACUAUUGGACCUAAUGAAGUUGGACAUGGCUAACUUUGCUGUAAACAGCAUUAGGCCUCAUCUGAUGCAGCAGUCAGUUGAAUAUGAGAGGAAUAAGUUCCAGGGGUUUCUGGACAAACAACCUAAUGCUUUAGACUACACUGAGAAAUGGAUCAAGGACACAUUGAAGGACUUGAGAGAGGUUUCUUCCACUACUGCAUCAUCUGGUCCUUCGUCUCUCCUCCCUGCAAGUGUCCAUAAUCAAGCAUAUUUGCGACUACUGAAGUGGAACCACCUCGCAGAACCCUUUCCUGAGACAAUGCUGAUGGAUCAGGCUCGCUUCCAGGAAAUGCAGCAGAUUCUUGAACAAUUAGUUAUGCUGUCGUCCGUGCUACUCAUCGUCUAUACUACCACAGGGGAAGCCAUUUCGGGGCUUCCGGGCCUUAUGGAGACGCUUAAAAUCACUGUUCAAGCCAUGCUUGCCGACAUGCACACUCCGUCCUUCAGUCUGCAAGAGGCCUUAGCGACGACUGGGGAGAAACUCUGCGUGGAGUUGAGUCAAUGUUUAAGCCAACAUGGCUAUGCCACAUUAUCUACUGACCGGAAAAACACUUUGAUGGGGCAAAUCUCAGCCAUUAUCCAGUCGGACAACACAGUCCGCAAGCUGAUGGACUCCAGGAUUCAGACCUACCUCUUGGCAUUCCUUGAGUCCGGUCAACACAAGAACCCUCCUCUGCCUGGAGGUCUCGCACCAGUCAACAAGGAACUGAAAGAACUUGCAAUUCGCUUCAGUCACCUCAUCAACUUCAAUAAGCUAGUCUUCUCUCCAUUCUACCAAAAGAUUCUCCGCAAAUGCUUGGCAUCAGGAGAGUGCUCCGACACAGAGACAUAAGCACUAUGUUGCACACUGGUGUUAAGUAGACCUGCAAGCUAACACUUCAUUUCUAAAAAAAGGAGCUGCUAAUGUUCAGUAGGAAUUGCUCAAAAAAAUAUAUUAGCAUUACUAGUAUUUUGAUUGAUUGGUUGAAGCUUUUAUUAGUAGAUUGUACAGUACAGUACAUAUUCCGUACAAUUGACCACUAAAUGGUAACACCCGAAUAAGUUUUUCAACAAUUCAGUAGCAUUACAUAACAAUGAAAAAAACAUACUGUAUUUUUCGGAGUAUAAGUCGCACUGGAGUAUAAGUCGCACCUGCCGAAAAUGCAUAAUAAAGAAGGAAAAAAACAUAUAAAUCGCACUGGAGCCCGGCCAAACUAUGAAAAAAAACUGCGACUUAUAGUCCGAAAAAUAUGGUAUGUCUUUUUUUUUUACCAUCCUUCUGCGUUAGGGUACAUUAGCUUAAAUUGGUGUUGUGGAACAACUUGAACCAUUUUGUGGUAUAGAAUUUCAGAAAUGUGCUGUUUAUGAAAUGCUUAAAACAGUUUGCUUCGUGUUGAGACACUAAUGCACAAUUACACUGAUACACAUGUUGUGAAUGUUAAUACAACUUGACAAUAAAGAAAUGUACAUCCCUCAGACAA